CCGAAGAGCUAACAACUCGAGCCGACCUCGAGCGGUCGCCAAUCUGCCUGUCACUUGUUUUUAUUUAUUUUCAUUUUAUUUGUGUUUAUGACCGAACCAGGGAUCUUACUUAACAACGAGCGUCCUGUUUGUUUCUUAAAGGAUAUAGUGGCGAGGAUAUACAAAUAUUGUUGGGAUUAAUAUAAACAGAGUCUGCGGGACGAGGCCCUCCCCCCGUGAGCGCGCUGUGCGAGCAGAGGUUUGUUGUCCUUAAAGGUCUUCUUGUGUGAAACUGAAUGAGUUAAUGAACGAAUAUUUUCAAAAACUGGUUUUCCAGAAGAUGAUAAAGAAAUGAUAGCGGCUCCAGAAAUACCUUCUGAGUUCAAUCUCCUACAACCUCUGGAUUCUUCUCUCCAAGAUAUGGGCCCUCUUUCCUGUAAUGCAGGACCACGAGAAUCGGAAACACAUUUUUCUUCUGAUACAGACUUUGAAGACACAGAAGGAAAAGUCCCAAAACAAGGCAAAGGAAAAAAAGGCAAAAAAGCCCUUGGUGAAAAAGUCAAAGGGGUACCCGUAAAAUCUUCUGCACCCAACUGGAUGAAUGGACAUCAUCAGCAAAAUGGAGUGGAGAACAUGAUGCUGUUUGAUGUGGUCAAGAUGGGCAAGUGUGCAAUGCAGUCUGUUGUAGAUGACUGGAUUGAAGCAUACAAACACAACAAAGAUGUAGCACUUCUUGAUCUUAUAAACUUCUUUAUUCAAUGUUCAGGAUGUAAAGGUGUUGUCACUGGAGAUAUGUUCCGUCAUAUGCAAAAUUCUGAAAUUAUUAGAAGAAUGACAGAAGAGUUUGAUGAGGAUAGUGGGGACUAUCCAUUAACCAUGGCCGGCCCUCAGUGGAAGAAAUUCAAAUACAGUUUUUGUGAGUUCAUUGGAGUAUUGGUCCGACAGUGUCAGUACAGCAUUAUAUAUGAUGAGUAUAUGAUGGAUACUGUAAUUUCUCUUCUCACUGGACUUUCUGACUCACAAGUUCGAGCAUUUCGACACACAAGCACUUUAGCAGCCAUGAAGUUGAUGACAGCCUUGGUUAAUGUGGCAUUAAACCUAAGCAUCAACAUGGAUAAUACACAAAGACAGUAUGAAGCAGAAAGAAACAAAAUGAUUGGAAAACGAGCCAAUGACAGACUGGAGCUUUUACUGCAAAAACGUAAAGAGUUGCAAGAGAACCAGGAUGAAAUCGAAAAUAUGAUGAAUGCCAUAUUUAAAGGUGUUUUUGUGCACAGAUAUCGAGAUUCCAUUGCUGAAAUCAGAGCCAUUUGCAUUGAGGAGAUUGGUGUAUGGAUGAAGAUGUAUAGUGAUGCCUUCCUUAAUGAUAGCUAUUUAAAAUAUGUUGGUUGGACAAUGCAUGACAAGCAAGGGGAGGUUCGCCUAAAGUGUCUUACUGCUUUACAAGGACUGUAUUACAAUCGAGAACUAAAUUCUAAGCUGGAGCUGUUCACUAGCAGGUUUAAGGAUCGAAUUGUGUCAAUGACUCUUGACAAAGAGUAUGAUGUUGCAGUUCAAGCAAUAAAACUACUGACUCUGGUUUUACAGAGUAGUGAUGAAGUUCUAACUGCUGAAGACUGUGAAAAUGUGUAUCACCUUGUUUAUUCAGCGCAUCGUCCAGUAGCAGUUGCAGCAGGAGAGUUUCUUUAUAAAAAACUUUUUAGUUGUCGAGAUCCUGAGGAUGAUGGAAUUUUAAAAAGAAGAGGAAGACUUAGCCCAAAUGCCAACCUUGUCAAGACCUUGGUGUUUUUCUUUCUGGAAAGUGAGCUACAUGAACAUGCUGCUUAUCUUGUGGACAGUAUGUGGGACUGUGCUACAGAUCUCCUAAAGGAUUGGGAAUGUAUGAACAGCUUACUGCUCGAUGAUCCACUGAAUGGAGAGGAGGCAUUGACAGAUAGACAGGAAAGUGCACUGAUUGAAAUUAUGCUAUGCACAAUCAGACAAGCUGCUGAAUGCCAUCCACCUGUAGGGAGAGGAACAGGAAAAAGGGUCCUCACUGCCAAAGAAAAAAAGGCACAGUUAGAUGACAAGACAAGACUUACAGAGCUGUUUGCAGUCUCACUUCCUCAACUACUUGCAAAAUAUUCAGUGGAUGCAGAGAAGUUGACAAAUCUUUUGCAACUGCCACAGUACUUUGAUUUAGAAAUCUAUACAACAGGCAGACUGGAAAAGCACUUGGAGGCAUUGUUACGCCAGAUUCGUAAUAUUGUAGAAAAACACACUGACACAGAUGUUUUGGAAGCCUGUUCUAAAACAUACCAUGCUCUCUGCAAUGAGGAGUUCACAAUUUUUAACAGAGUGGAUAUUGCAAAGAGUCAGUUAAUCGAUGAAUUGGCAGAUAAGUUCAAUCGCCUGCUUGAAGACUUUUUGCAAGAGGAAGAAGAACCAGAUGAAGAGGAUGCCUACCAAGUUCUUUCAACGUUAAAGAGAAUAACGGCUUUUCACAAUGCGCAUGAUCUUUCACGGUGGGAUUUAUUCAGUGGUAAUUAUAAGCUUUUGAAAACUGGUAUUGAGAAUGGAGACAUGCCUGAGCAGAUUGUUGUUCAUGCAUUGCAGUGCACUCAUUAUGUAAUUCUAUGGCAGUUGGCAAAAUUUUCUGAAACUGGUUCAUCAAAGGAAGAAUUGAUCACUUUAAAGCGACAAAUGAGAGUAUUUUGCCAGAUCUGUCAGCAUUACCUGACAAACGUAAACACUGCUGUAAAAGAACAGGCUUUCACUAUUCUCUGUGAUGUUUUGAUGAUCUUUAGUCAUCAAAUUGUGGUUGGGGGUCGGGAUUCGAUGGAGGCACUUGUGUAUUCUCCAGAUUCAUCUUUGCAAUCAGAACUCUUAAGCUUCAUUUUAGACCAUGUCUUCAUAGACCAGGAUGAUGAUAACAGCAGUUCAGAUGGUCAACAAGAUGAUGAAGCCAGUAAAAUUGAGGCUUUGCACAAAAGAAGAAAUUUGCUUGCAGCAUUUUGUAAGCUCAUUGUUUAUAAUGUUGUAGAAAUGAAUGCGGCAGCAGAUAUUUUUAAGCAAUAUAUGAGAUAUUAUAAUGACUAUGGUGAUAUUAUCAAAGAAACAAUGAGCAAAACACGUCAGAUAGACAAAAUUCAGUGUGCAAAGACACUCAAUCUUAGUUUACAACAGCUUUUCAAUGAAAUGAUUCAAGAACACAGUUAUAACUUUGACAGGUCUUCUCCAUCGUUCAGUGGUAUUAAAGAGCUUGCACGGCGUUUUGCAUUAACAUUUGGACUUGAUCAGUUGAAAACCAGAGAAGCCAUUGCAAUGCUACACAAAGAUGGUAUAGAGUUUGCCUUUAAGGAACCAAGCCCACAAGGUGAAGUUCAUCCGCCUUUAAAUAUGGCAUUUCUUGAUAUCCUGAGUGAGUUUUCAUCUAAACUUCUUAGACAAGACAAAAAAACUGUAUAUGCCUACCUGGAGAAGUUCAUGACAUUUCAGAUGUCUCUUCGAAGAGAAGAUGUGUGGCUACCACUCAUGUCUUAUAGAAAUUCUUUGCUAGCAGGUGGAGAUGAUGAUAAUAUGUCAGUUAUGAGUGGAAUGAGUGGCCGAGGAUCUUCAAUGAGGAGUAAAAAAACAAAACCAGCAACAGGGAAACGGAAAAUACCAGAAGCUGAAGAGAGCAGCAGCAGUGAAAGUAUGUGGUUAAACAGGGAACAAACUAUGAAUACACCAGUCAUGAUGCAAACUCCACAGCUUACAUCCACAAUUAUGAGAGACCCCAAGAGAUUGCGGCCUGAAGAGAAUUAUAUGCCUGUCUACCCAAUGCAGCCUGAACAUCACCAAACUCCUCUUGAUUACAAUACACAGGUAACGUGGAUGCUUGCCCAGAGGCAACAGGAAGAGGUAGCAAGGCAGCAGCAAGAGAGAGCAAUGAAUUAUGUGAAGUUAAGGUCUAAUCUUCAACAAGCCAUCCGACGGAAUACAGGGCUUAUGGAAGAUGAUGAAGAACCAAUUGUUGAAGAUGUAAUGAUGUCCUCAGAGGGAAGAAUUGAAGACCUUAACGAGGGCAUGGAUUUUGAUACAAUGGAUAUAGAUUUGCCACCAUCGAAAAACAGACGAGAGAGAACAGAACUUAAACCUGAUUACUUUGAUCCAGCUUCUAUCAUGGAUGAAUCUGUUCUUGGGGUUUCAAUGUUUUAAUACCAGUUCAUCAAUCAACUCUGUGGUGAUUUUUUUUUUUUUGUGAUUUUAUUUUAUUUUUUUAGGAAGAGGAAGUUUUUAAUGACAAAUUUGUGUUUGAUACAGUGAAAUUCUGUACAGAUUUUUUUUCUCUAAGGAGAAUUUGAACUGCUUACCACGAUUAAGUGCAUUGAAGGCAGUUUUGUUUGCCUAUAAAAAUAAAGGACAAGUAAAUCAUUUGAAAAUAAGCUACAUGUUUUGGGAAAUAUUCUUUAUUUAUCUAUUUUAAUUUACCAAAUUCUUAUUCCCCUUUAAAUCAGAUGUAUUAUUUUUUUUCUUUUAAAAUUAAGCUUUUCUGUUGUGUUAGCCUUACCAGAUCAUAAUGAGGUUAUGCAUGGAUUCCAUUUCAUAAAUUAACUUACUGAGUUCUUAAAUAACUACAUUUAUUGGUGUUAUUUUUCAGAUUUGUAUAUUAUUUGGUUUAUUGUAAUGGAAGAGAAGCCUUACUUGGAUGGUUUUAUUGAUAUACAUUCAAAGAUUAACUACCCAAAUGUGUCAAACCAUAACCAUGCUUGAUCAUUAAUAGCCCUUUAGAAGUUUGCUUGUCCUUUAAACAAAUGUAUUGUUGUGAAAUUCCUUCCAGUAGUGCCACUGUAUUUUGUCUCCAAAUAAAAGAAGCUUAUUGUAGUAUGUUUGCAGAAAACAAAAAUCUAAACAAAAAAAUAUACAGCUUAUUAGAUUGUGGGAAUAGGGAUCUAAAUUUUAAAUAAAAUGAUAUAUAAAUAUAUAAAUAUAUAUAUAUAUAUAAAUUGGUGCUGAUUUUAUAAUUGCGCAGUUUUAGGUUUUUCUUACUUUUAAAUUCCAACUUAAAAAUUAUGAGGUUUCAGAAAUAUAAUGAAAGUUUUAAAAAUGUUUUAAAAUAGUUGAAGCGUAAAAACUCGCUUUAAAAUGAUUUUUAAAUUUGUAUUUUAUAUUUGUUUAUCUGUCUUUGCAAGAAGUCUUCAGGUUGAAUAUACUUCCAGCAGGUUACAGUACAUUUAUUACGUUUUUAAAGUAGUUGUAACAGGCCAAUCAUACACACCUAUCAUUAUUCUUUUAGAGCUACUGUUUGCUUGAAACACUAUCCUGAGUUCUGAACUAAUGCUGUUUGUUUCAGUGAAUACAUUUCUUGCCACCCAACAUCAAUUCAUUUUGCAAGGCUUAGGCAGCUAGACAUUAAAUUUUAACUUAUAUUUCUUGUGUAUAUUUUAUUUUGUCAGUUGUCUUUUAUUUUUUGAGGUUUUAAAUCAUUCCAUGCCUUAUACUUUUAAUACACAAACUUCUCUUGUGUUAAAAAAAUAAAAAAAUAAAAAAAUAAGGAAGAGUCAAAACGAACAUUAUAACAAUCAUGUUUAGGCUGUGGUAGCCAAAAACCAUAAAUUAACUAGAAAAUUGUAUAAUGUUUUGAACCUCUUAGGCCUAGCAAAAACCUUACCUGUUUGUAUCAUGUUGCAUAAAUAUUCACGUCUGAAAAUACUGCCUACAUUUUCUUCACACCACUGCAUUUUAGAACUGCUGAGAGGACUGUGUAUAUACAAUUUUAAAAUUAAGUUGAUUUCUUUCUUACUCUUGGAGGAGUAUAUCUUUGUGAAAGCAGUUCUUACAACUUUGUUUUCAAACAGAUAAAAUGUUUUAUAUAUUUAACUAAACCUGUUGUCCUCCUCAUUCUCUUGUCCUCUGUACUGUUUUCUGAUUUGUAUUUAUGUCUUGAGACAGUAACUUUUUGAAUAAAAACAAACCUACAGUA